AUGAAUGGGAAGAGUACAAGUAACAAGAUGGGAAUGGGUGCAUUGAGUACAUCUCAGAAAUUUAUUAGUCCACAUCCACAAAAAAUUCAUGAUCUUGACAAAACUGACUCAGAAGUCACUGCUAGCUCUGGCAAGCCAGAGACUGACAAUGCUGAAGCAGUGUCUGCUGAUCAACCAGGGAGCCUUAUUGAAGCAGAUUCAGAUUUCAAAGAAUGGAAUGCCUUGUAUACCACCCAACUAACUCAAAAAGCAAAGAAAUACCAUGAUGGCAUCAUAAGGCUCAUGCAAAUUGGCUCACACGCAAGGCAGAUUGUUUUGCUGGAUGAAUAUGGUGAAAAGCUUGGCAGCAGAUACCUCAAGUCAGUUGAAUCUGUUGAAAAGCCUAGACACUCUUCGAAGGAGGCUUUGAGUCAGACAGGACUGAGAAAUGAAGAGAAUACAAGUGACAAACUGAGUGGAAAAAGUAAAUCACCAAAGUUUGUUAGUCCAUUCAAGUGCCAAGAUCUUCGGAAGAGUCACUGGGAAAGCACUACAAGCUCCAAUAGGCCACAGAUUGGCCCAACUUCCAGUAACUUGGAUGCUCCACCAAAUUUCAAUGAUCCUUGGAGUAAAUCAGACGGCAAUGUCAAUAGAAGGGCUGACUGUAGUGAAUCAGCAUUUGGUAUCAUGGAUGAUCCGCUUAAAUUUAGUCACAUACAGAGGGCCACAGCUACCAAUCCUUGUCCUGCAUUUGGCAAAUUAAGUUCUACCAGGGAUCUGCCACAGUUUCAUGGUACUGGAGCUUAA